CAAACCAGCAGCAGCCCCCCUCUCUGCCCCAGGGCCCCACCUGGCAAUAGGUCACAAUGCCCCAGCUGCCCCGUCCCAGAAUAGCUGACUGAAACGAGAGGUGAGGAGGGUUUGGUGGGUGGGUGUGUGGGGAGGGGGAGAUUCCCACCAAGCUCACCCUUAAGUGUCUGCCAGGGCCCACUCCCUCCCACACACCCACUUCCCACACUCCCUCCCACAUUAGUCCUUCCUGUCACCUCCACCUCCCUCCAUGACCCAGCUCUGCUUACCCAGGCCCAAAGCCCUUGCUUAUCCUAUCCCAGUCCCUCCCAGGGGCCUGGGUGCGGGGGAGGGGUCGUGUAGUCCAGUGGGUCCACGUACGUCCCCCUGGGGCCCUAACCUGGCCCAGCUCCUCGACAGCGUUCUAGGGCUGGGGGCACUGGGGCUGACGAUUCGGACGGUCUUUUCCACGGCUGGGCCAGCCUUGCUGCUGCUGCUCCUGGUCAGUUUCCUGGCCUUCGACCUGCUCCACUGCCCCGCAGACGCCCCCGGGCCACAGCACACACUUCUCACAGGAAGCCGGAGUCAGGGGGCCGGUGAGGGUCCGGGACAGCGGGAGGCUGUCCUCCUACCUCCGGCAGCGGUGGUCCCAGGAAGACUCAGCCCCCACGAGGCCCUGCUGCUGCUGCUCCUGGGCCUGGGGUUGUUCCUGGGAGCGCGCGGCGUGCCCGUGGCCCUGCUCGGCCUGGCUUUCUGCCUCCAUCCUUGGAUCUGAGUGCCCUCCAGAAAUACACUGGCCAUGCUGCUU